AUGUCUGCAGAUAAAGUGGCUCAUACAUCAUCAUGGGCAAAGACAAAUGAUGGUCUUGAAAUAUACUUUGAGACAACUGGCGAAGGACAGCCAAUUAUUUUCCAAUCUGGAUACAUGGGUAUUCAUGAUAUUUGGGUAAAUCAAGUCAAGGCCAUGUCAAAGAAAUACAAGUGCAUUACACAUGAUAAUAGAGGUUAUGGAAUGUCAUCUGCUCCAACAGAUGUAAGCUAUUAUUCAAUGGAGAAAAAUGCAGAUGAUCUCAAAGCAAUUCUUGAUACUUUAAACAUUAAACAGCCAGUUGUAAUUGUUACUCAUUCCAUUGGUGGUACAAUUUCUGUGGCUUUCACAAUGAAAUAUCCAGAAUUGGUGAAAGGAAUUAUUUUGACUGGUGGCCCAGCUCUUUCUAAUAAACUGUUUAAAAAAGCUGGAGCUACCCCAGAUAUAUGGGCUAAAAUUCAACAGACUCCUACACAAAGAAGAGAUUUUUAUAUGAACAUUGGACUUUCUGAAGAUAUUGCAUCUGAAGCCUCAAAAUGGAAUCCAAAGGCAUUUACUCUUCAAACAAAUGCACUUUUAGAUUUCGAACCUAAUUACGAAGAAAGUAGUAUGAUAGGAUGGGUUGUGUGA